AUGGGUCAGAGUCACGAAGAUGCUGUCUACCUCGCCAAGCUCGCCGAGCAGGCUGAGCGCUACGAAGAAAUGGUGGAGAACAUGAAGGUGGUUGCCUCUUCAGACCAAGAGCUCUCCGUCGAAGAGCGGAAUCUCCUGUCGGUGGCCUACAAGAACGUCAUCGGUGCUCGUCGGGCGUCUUGGCGAAUCGUCACCUCCAUCGAGCAGAAGGAGGAGUCCAAGGGCAACGACGCCCAGGUUGCUCUGAUCAAGGAAUACCGCCAGAAGAUCGAGACUGAGCUGGCCAAGAUCUGCGAUGACAUCCUCGAGGUUCUGGACAAGCACCUGAUCCCGUCUGCCCAGAGCGGCGAGUCCAAGGUUUUCUACCACAAGAUGAAGGGAGACUACCACCGUUACCUUGCUGAGUUCGCUGUUGGCGAGCGCCGCAAGGUCUCCGCCGACGCCUCUCUCGAGGCCUACAAGGCUGCCACCGAGGUCGCACAGACUGACCUUGCCCCCACCCACCCGAUCCGUCUGGGUCUGGCCCUGAACUUCUCCGUCUUCUACUACGAGAUCCUCAACUCUCCUGACCAGGCUUGCCACCUGGCCAAGCAGGCUUUCGAUGAUGCCAUUGCAGAGCUCGACACCCUGAGCGAGGAGAGCUACAAGGACUCGACUCUGAUCAUGCAGCUCCUCAGGGACAACCUGACCCUCUGGACCUCGUCCGAGGCUGAGACUGCUCCGGAGCCUAGCGCUGCGGCGUCCGCCGAGAAGAAGGAGGAGGCCCCCGCUGGCGAGGGUGACAAGCCUGCGGAGUAA